ACCUCGCCUAAAAUGUCAGAAUAAUUUCGUUACAAAGAAGAAAAAUGUGAAAAUCGCACGCCGUUCCUCGUUGAUUAAAGUUCUACUCGAUUUCGGGCUCUCAAACAUUCGAUCAGCCAUGUCCACGGAUCGCCUAAUCCUGCUGCAGUUCAGCAUGCACUGUUUCAAGAUCAUCUUCAUCUAUUGCAUCUGUGUAAAUGUCCUGGAGCAUCUCGUCCAAAGGAUCCAGGAGCACUGAGCGUGAAAAUGUUGGGGGCCAGAAAACGGGAUCAAUAAAAAAGCGGCACCUAUUUCCAAA